AUGCAGGCUGAGGGAACGAAGAGCGUGCCGCAAUGGCCAACAGCAGCAGGCUUUCAUAGCAGAGCUGCAUCUGUAUUUGGAUCCCUGGAAGGCAGCAGCCUUGGAGGGGCUAGUGGCAGUAGUCAGCCCUGGUCAUUAAGUCAGGACCACGUCUUCAGGGCUGGGAAGGCCAAUGAUUAUAGCAGUGAAGAAGAGGAAGAUGCCCAAGAAAUCGAUCGCAGGCAGAGGGAGUUCCUUCCUGGCAGCAUGCUGGAGUUGGAAGGUGACGACAACGAAGACGAAGUCUUCAGGCCUAGUGCAGCCUUCUGCAAGGCGAUGGACAAGGAGCAGGAAUAUGACGACACUGAUGCCAUGGCGAUGGGUGAACGGCUUGAAGAUGUUGAUGGAAGACCGGCAGGGAACACAGAGGUGCUCGAGGAAAAUGUGUAUGAGCAAAGGAGCAGGCAGCAUGAAGCAGGAGCGCAGUUGGCAAGCACAGAGCCUGCAGCGCAAGAGCCAGAAGACAUGCAGGUGGAACCUAGCACGGAGAUUGUAGCAGAGCAUGGAUUGCCAGAUGCCAGCACAUCUGGCGCUGCUGCCAGACCAGGGACUGGGAACACAGCCGCGCAGAGCGCACCCGAGGAUUUGCCAGUCAGCACAACAGAGCAGGCCAAUGGAGAUGGAUUGAACAGCAGCGCACCUCCUGAGGGGCAGGAUGAGGAUGAGAAGGGCAGGAUCAAGAAGAGAGUGAGGUUCCAGGAGCCUUGGGUGCCCCCGCACCGCAGAGAUGACGAGAAGGGCGCUCAAGUGCGGAGCAGGCCCACCUCUGUGCAGCGUCAAGGUUUGCCACCACGCACCAAGUCGUAUGUUGCAGAUCAUGUGAAGAACCCUCAAAAGUACACUUGCUACACGCUAGAUGAGCCCAUCCUUGUGGGCGGCGGUGAUCAGGGCAGCGCUGCAGAUGGCGGCCAGGCGGACAUGGAGAGGGCAGCUCGAGCAGCAAUGAGUGCAGCUCAUUCCAGCUCACAGCCAGACCAGCCAGGAGUGGUUGCAGUCUUGCCUGCCUUCGGCAGUGGGAUUGAGUUCAGACCGCAGUCAAAACGCAGUAAAGAUGCCGUGCCAAAAUCCGAAGUGGCAGACAAGGCGAAAAAAGCCGGCAGUGUGGUAGGGCAGCUCAUGGAACAGGAAGACCUCCAUGAAGAUGGACAGGAACCGAUGGAAGUGGUGGCUGAUAUGGAGCGAGCAGACCCUGCUGCUGGGCAGCCACGCAAAACAAGGAGAAAUUUCCGGGCAAAAGCAGCUGUUGUCGAACAACUUGAAUGA